AUGUUACCAUAUUGCUUGGCAUCAUAUCCAAUAUUUUAUAACAGUAAUACAUUCAGAAGUUUAUUAGGAACAAUAAAAAUUCAAAUUGGAGCAUUAGCAAACUGGUUUUCAUGUGCAGCAAUUUGGUUCGUUCUGGCAAUAUCAAUUGAACGAGUUCUAAUUAUCAAAUUUCCGUUUCGAUCACUACGUCCAUAUCGAGUAAAUUUAACUUUCAUCUUUCAUCAUUCCGUAUCUCGUAAAUGUAUGCUUAUGCAAAUGUGCCCAAAUGGUAGUGAAUAUACAGAAAUUUAUGUACUGUGUUUAUCACGAUCGUUUGAAAACUGGUCAGUGUAUGAUCCAAACUGGAAAAAACCAUCAAAAUUAUUUGAACUGUAUGUGGAUGUUGGUACCACCUGUAACGCAGUACUUGGUGUAAUAUGUCCUGUGUUUUUGGUUGCUGCACUUAAUAUACUGUUGAUUAAAUUACUACAUAAAAGUAAAAUGAAAGCAUCUAUAGGUGCGUCAUCCAAACAGAAUGCAGAUAUUCAGGAAAAAAAGAUGACAAAAACCGUGGUUACAAUUGUUACAUGUUUUACCAUUACCAAUGUACCGUCAGCAUUUGUGUUUUUGUAUGAAACAUUUUUCUACGACGACAGUACACAACGUACAGCAACAAUGACGUUCUCAAUUGUUUCAUCGGUGACCAAUUUCUUGGUCAUCACUGGCAAAUCAUUGAAUAUUGUUUUACUAUGCCUUAGCAGCGCAGCCUUUCGGUAAGC